AUGACAGCAGACGUUGCAGACCGCGUUGCUCCCGAAAGCACUGGGCCAAAUUACGAUAUGAAGACCCUUGGAUCUAGAAGCCCAGUUCACUUGGAAAAUGUCGGAUCAACUUCCGUAGAUCACCAGGCCCUAGACGAAAGGAUCUGGGAGAAUGACUCUCCUCAAAACCCCCGCAACUGGUCCAAUUCGAAGAAAAAUGCACAGAUCCUAAUGGUGGCUUUUCAUUCAAUGAUGGGAACAUUCAUGGCCGCCGGGAUCAUACCCGCCUAUGACACUUUCGCGGAAAAGUAUGGUGUCACCGUCCCCGAUGCCAGCUAUCUGACAUCGUUCCAGAUCCUGCUUCUCGGCCUAUCGCCUUUGAUUUGGAACCCAAUCACCGCUGUCUACGGCCGAUACCCAGUGACUCUGCUCUCAGCUUUUGGAAGUAUGGUUUGCAAUAUUGGCGGGGCGCGAUGCACAUCAUAUGGUGCACAGAUGGCCACUCGGGUUAUCACAGCGUUCUUGAUCUCUCCUCCCAUCGGAAACGGGAGUGGUGUCAUAACAGAACUUUGUGAACCAGAGCAUCGAGGCAAGAAGUUAGGCUGGUGGACCCUAAUGACAACAAUAGGUACACCAGCGGGUCCGUUUUUCAUGGGAUUCGUCAUCAAACAUAUCGGGGUUCAGUGGAUCUUUUGGAUCUUUGCCAUUAUCAACUUGUGCCAGUUUUUAUUCUACCUUGCUUUCGGCGAUGAAACAAUUUACAAUCCAGAGAACGAGCUCAAGACAACUGGGUUUUGGAGUAAGAUGGUUCCAAGAAAGAUCAACUCUCGUUCUAUAAAGCUCCAGGACAUUAUCGAACCGUUUUCUCUUGCUCGAUAUCCGCGCAUCUCUAUCGCCGCAUGUGCUCAUGCAAUUACCUUCUGCUACGCAAACAUUGCUUUGAUUGUUGAAAUGCCUAUUGCGUUCGGUGAGAAGUUUCACUUCGACGCCCAACAAAUCGGGCUUCAGUUCAUUGCUAUCAUUAUUGGUUGUGUGCUAGGUGAACAAGUCAGUGGGCCAAUGUGUGACUGGUUGCUUGGCCGUGUUCGCAGGAACAGAGGGAGCUCAUGCCCGGCUGAUCGCCUCUGGCUCUCUUACAUUGCUUUUGGUACAAUAUUCGCUGGUCUGCUAACCUGGGGCUUUCAAUUACAGCAUGCGACAACUUGGAAUGUCACUCCUUGUAUCGGUGCCGCAAUUGCGAGCUUUGGUAACCAGAUGCAGACCACUAUUCUCACAACCUUCGCCGUCGAAAGCAAGAAGGAACGUGCCAGCCAGGUUGGAGUUUUUGUCAAUGUGUGCCGACAAAUCUAUGGAUUUCUUGGACCCUUUUAUUUCCCGGAUAUGUUCACCACCCUGGGGCUGGGUGGGGCUUCGGGUGUGAUGGUCGCAAUUAUCGGUGGAUGUGCCUUGUUUCCAGUCAUUGCAGUUCAAUUUGUCGCCACUCGUGCGGACAAGCAUUAA